AUGCCGAACGCCUCCGUCGUGAGCGCGGCGCUGCAGACGCUCGUGUACGGCGGCGCGGCGUCGUACGGGCUGUACAACAGUCUGUUCAACGUCGAGGGCGGGCACCGGGCGAUCGUGUACAAUCGAUUCGUCGGGGUGAAGGACAAGGUGUACGCGGAGGGGACGCACUUCAUGAUCCCUUGGGUCGAGAGGCCGUACGUGUACGACGUCAGGGCGCGCGCGCAUCAGGUGAACUCGCAGAGCGGAUCGAGAGAUUUGCAGAUGGUGAACAUAUCGAUUCGCGUGCUGACGCGGCCGGACGCGGGUAAGCUGCCGGAGGUGUAUCGAACGCUCGGGAUGGAUUUCAACGAACGCGUGCUGCCGAGCGUGAUUCACGAAACGGUGAAGAGCGUCGUGGCGCAACACAACGCGAGCGAGUUGAUCACGAAACGGGAACAAGUGUCGUUGUCUAUUAGACAUCUUUUGAAGCAGCGAGCGGCGCAGUUUAAUAUGGUGCUAGACGACGUCUCGCUCACGGCGUUGACGUUUGGGAGAGAGUACACCGCGGCCAUCGAGAGUAAGCAAGUGGCGCAACAGGAGGCGGAGCGCGCCAAGUUCGUCGUCGAUAAGGCGAGACAAGACAAGCUUUCGGCGGUGAUUCAGGCGGAGGGUGAAGCGAAAUCCGCCAAGCUCAUCGGCGAAGCCAUCGCGAACAAUCCGGCGUUUUUAACCUUGCGUAAAAUUGAAGCCGCGCGCGCCAUCGCUCAAACCAUGGCCAACUCCAACAAUCGCGUCAUGCUCAGCGCGGAUUCUCUGUUGUUGAACCUUCAAGACGACAAGCCUGCCGAUAAGAAGUAA